GGAUUAUAAAAAUUAAAGCAGCAACCAUUUAUGCUGGUUCGUGAACUGGAUUUAAUCAAGUUUCAAGUCCGUCUGUAUACUUUUUCUCUAGAGAGAGAAAAUAGAGAGAGAGAGAAACCGUGUGGUAAAGCUAAGGAUCUGUCGCAGAGAAAUAUGGCGAGUAUGUGUCGAGAGAACUGAUCUUUGUUUCCAUUUUCCUGAUCGGUGAAGAACUAAAGAUUGAGGGUGGAAUAACGAAUCUUUCAGCAGUGCCUGUGGUAUAAAGUUGUCUGCAGUUGUGGUAUGGUUUGCAGACUUCCAUCCACUCAAGUGUAAAAUUCUUUUAUGCAACCAUAUUAAAGGAUCUUCUCAGUUAGGGUUACAAAGGUUUUGGAGCAAAUGUCAUUCCGCAGUAUAGUUCGUGAUGUGAGGGAUGGGUUUGGGAGUUUGUCAAGGCGGAGUUUUGAUCUGAGGCUGACAGGCCAUCACAGAGGGAAAUCUCAUAGCUCGGUAAAUGAGUUGAAUGACCAGCCUGUGGUCAUCCAGAAUAGUCGUUGGGCUAGCCUCCCGCCUGAGUUGCUGCGUGAUGUGAUCAAGAGAUUGGAGGCAAGUGAGAGCGCUUGGCCUGCUCGGAAGCAUGUUGUUGCCUGUGCUGCCGUGUGCAGGUCAUGGAGGGAAAUGUGUAAAGAAAUAGUCACAGGUCCUGAGUUCUCGGGGAAGAUUACCUUUCCAGUUUCCCUGAAGCAGCCAGGGUCCAGGGAUGGAACCAUUCAGUGCUUUAUUAAGAGGGACAAGUCAAACUUAACUUAUCAUCUUUUCCUUUGCCUUAGCCCUGCCUUGCUUGUUGAAAAUGGGAAAUUUCUACUGUCUGCAAAACGAACCCGGAGAACUACUUGCACAGAGUAUGUAAUCUCAAUGGAUGCAGAUAACAUAUCAAGAUCAAGCAGCACUUAUAUUGGAAAACUGAGGUCAAAUUUUCUAGGUACCAAAUUCAUAAUUUAUGAUACACAGCCCCCUUACAACAAUGCUCAACUUUCCCCACCUGGCCGGAGUAAAAGAUUCUAUUCAAAAAAAGUAUCCCCAAAGGUACCCACUGGUAGCUACAACAUUGCUCAGGUUACAUAUGAGCUGAAUGUAUUGGGCACGAGGGGUCCACGUAGAAUGCACUGCACAAUGCACUCAAUCCCUGCCUCAUCCCUUGAGCCAGGCGGUUUCGUCCCAGGCCAACCUGAGCUCCUGCCACGUUCCCUUGAAGACUCAUUUAGGAGCAUUUCCUUCUCUAAAUCAAUCGAUCAUUCAACCGAGUUUAGCAGUGCCCGGUUUUCAGACAUUGUUGGACCUCGAGACGGGGAAGAUGAAGGGAAGGAGAGACCAUUGAUUCUCCGGAACAAGGCGCCAAGAUGGCACGAGCAGUUACAAUGUUGGUGCCUCAAUUUCCGUGGAAGAGUAACUGUUGCCUCUGUAAAAAAUUUUCAACUGAUCGCAGCAACGCAACCGGCAGCUGGUGCACCAACACCGUCACAGCCAGCGCAGUCUGAUCAUGACAAGAUAAUUCUGCAGUUUGGUAAGGUUGGUAAGGAUAUGUUCACAAUGGAUUACCGGUAUCCACUGUCUGCAUUCCAGGCAUUUGCUAUCUGCUUGAGCAGCUUUGACACUAAACUGGCAUGUGAAUAGAAGGAAAAGAGACCAGGGCAAGAGAUAGAAACACUUAGUUAAGCCUUUUUUAUAUGUGGUAGGGUUUGGUAGGGGAUGUGGGGGAUGGUUGUAUGCAGUGGCUGUACAACUUACUGUCAACUGGAAAGUGCAAGAACAUUGGAGGUCACUUUGAUUUUUCUCACCCAUUUACUUUCCUUGCCUUGGUCUUCUUCUGCAUUGUGCUUUAUCUGCCCUUCUGCUAUUAAUUGUUUAACUUUGUACCUUUUACAAGAAAAAGGGGAAACACAUGAGAUAUGGAAAGUGUAAUUGACAUCAUCUAUGAACAAUUUGAUUCCAAUUUACAAAAAAUUUAAUUA